AUGGAGAUGAUUGUGGUUGAUGUCCUUGUUUGCGGAGGCGGCAUGUCCGGGUUGGCGUGCGCUGCGUUCCUGGCCGAGGCCGGAGCAAAGGUUCUGGUUGUCGAGAAGCAGCCUCAUCUUGGCGGCUCUUCAGCCUAUUCUGCUGGCAUGUUCUGGGGUCCUCGAAACUACGACAGCCUGAGAUCUUGGGUACCGGAUGGGGAUCCAGACCUCCAGCGUUCCUGGCUGUCUGACUAUUUGCCUGCUGUUCAAUGGAUGAGGGAAAUGGGCGUGCCCACGUUGGACCGGUUCGGGCCUAUCAUGACAAUAGGCAUCGGGUAUCCCAUCAAGAUCCCAUAUCUUCUUGAUCUGCACCAAUCACGUAUCAAGAACAGCGGGACGGGCUCUGAUAUCCUCACAAACACGCAGGUGGUGAAGUUGAUCCAAGAAGAACCUGGGGUUCCCGGUUCCCAGGUCAUCGGGGCCAUUCUGCAGCGGUCAGACCCCCGAUCCUCGACGUCCACGUAUGUUGAGGUGAGGGCUAAACGAGUGGUUUUAGCCACUGGUGGAUUCCAAGGAUCGCCCGAUCUGACGUCAAAGCAUUUCGGGCCCGGAGCGGACAAUAUCUUCGUCCGCUCGAAUAGAGGAUCUGUGGGGGAUGGCCUGAAUGUGGCAUCGGCCGUUGGAGCGAGCACUAGUCGUGGUAUGGGGACGUACUAUGGACAUUUGCUGGCCGCCCCGCUUCGAUGUGAAGGUGUCGAUCCGCGCGACUACCUUCCGCUGGCACAAUAUCAAAGCCGAUACUGCAUCCUAAUCAACGAAUCUGGUCGACGAUUCGCGGACGAAACGCUCGGGGACGAAAUCGUCAAUCAGUAUUUAGCAAGGCAAGAAAAGCGUCGAGGCUUCCUUUUGUUCGAUGAGCGAACAAGACGAAAACAUUGCGUCUCAGCCCUCUUCCCGAACGCGGGCGACGUUGACCGCCUGGAAAAGGCGCGGGCACACGGAUGCAAUGUCGGUAGUGCGUCUACGUUGGAAGGGUUGGUGAGGCUUCUCCAAGACUGGGGAGUGGACGGCAUUCAAGCUCGGCGCACAAUUGAGCAAUAUCACCGCGCCGUUGCACAAGCCGAAUCCGACAUCGCUCUCGAUGCGCCAAUUGGAAAGGGCGGGGAGCCCCCAGAGUCUCUCCUUGAUGGCGAAGGCGGAUUCUAUGCCAUGGAAGUUCAGCCAUCCAUUACGUUUUCAUAUGGCGGGAUCGCUAUCGACAAGUACGGUCAUGCGCUGACUGCCGAUAAGGCGCCGAUUCUAGGCCUGCUUGUGGCUGGCGUGGACGCCGGUGGAUUUAGUAAUCUGGGAUAUGCUGGUGGUCUGGCCCUUGCCUUUGUGACGGGAUUCUGGGCCGCACGGACGGCUGCCCGGGAAUUGAGUUUGAAGGAGCCCAAACUGCCUCCGACAGCAGCUCAAGACAGGGACUUAAUUACGGUCGCUCAUCUAUAG